AUGCGAUUGCUAGAAGGCACAUGCCAAUACGAUGAUCCAACACUAUUCUUGGUUAGACUACGAGAAAGCGAGACUUUUGCUUGCACUAUUGUGCGUGGAGAUAUCGAGACAGUGCAGGAUUACUUGUGCGCAGGCAUCGACCCUGACGUAUACAGCCUUACAGGUGGAUUCAUGCUGCAUAUAGCGCCUCGCUCUAAUCAGCCUAAGAUAGUAACUUUGCUUCUGAAAUACGGCAGCCUACCAUAUGAGGAAGAUAUCGCUAGCAAUACUGCGCUGAUUCUUGCGUUCGCCCACGGCGACGACAACCACACUGAGAUAAAUGGCUUCGCCUGUUAUGUUAUUGGUCAUUGCAAUUUGAAGACUGUGCAGGCGUGUAUAGAUUUAGGCAUAGACUUCAAUCGAACAGAUCGGUAG